AUGUGUGGUGUCACCUGCAGGUUGACGUUAGGUGAGAUUGUCGAGGUGUUGCAGGCCGAAGAAGACCAAGGUGAUAUAAUUUUAUUUCCUCCUGACGACGGCGAUGUAACUGAUGAAGACAGUGGUGAUGAAAAUGAAGCUAAUAUCCUUCUUCUUCCUAGUCGCAUGCUUCGAUCUCAAGUUGAGACACAGAACCACCUUUCCAUGUCUGGAGAAAAUCUUGACGAGGAAAUGCCCGAAAGAAAAUGA